AUGAAGCCCCUCUUCGUACUGCACCCUUCCUAUAACGGUCGUCCUAGUCCUAGCCUAGUCAUGAAAACGCACAAGGCAUACAGGGCUCUAUGUGCAAUAGGCUCUUUGUGGAAGAGGGCGUCGUAUGAAAUGGAGGUCCAACAAGACUAG